AUGUUAGCCAGCCAACAGAGAAGAGAGCAGAGGAUAGAUCAGUCGGCGGAUUGGGUCGCGGGGAGGUCCGAGGAACCAGGGGAACGCCGUAAUCCAGGGAUCAGCAUGUGCAUGCUCCACCAUCCACCAUCGCGGUGUUUUUUUUAUCUUAUUUAUUGUUGUGUGCUUGCAGCCUCCGACCUAGACUGUAUAAGAGCCCUGUUCAAUGAAAAAGAAAAAGAAUUAUCGCUGGCUGUCGCUAAGGUUGAGGAGCUGACACGACAACUCGAGGAGUUGCGUGGUCGACACAACGGAAAUGCUGCUGGAAGUGCCGUCGGGGGCCAAGUACCGUCUACUGCUAGUGCUGAGCUUGAAAAACUGCGUCGAGAGCUUAUGUUUCGCAACAAAAUGAACGAACAACAAAAUCAAGUAGUGUCCCAGCAAAGAUUAGUCCUGGCGCAGCGUCAAGCAGAAAUGGUAUCAAUAGACGCGCGAAUAGCUCAACUGCAAGGUAGAUUGCAACGUAAACGCGCAUUAAACCAGCGUUUGCUAACCCAACAACAAAUAGCGAACAAUCAUCAUCAAAUGAGCUCUGCUUCGACAAUAACUACGAGUUCCACCAGCACCACAAUGACGCCCUGUCUCACCGACCAGUCGAACAAACAUCAUCAAGACUUCAUUACGACCUCCACAAAUAUCAAUAACAACAACAACAACAACAACAACAACAAUAAUAAUAAUAAUAACAACAACAACAACAAUAAUAAUAAUAAUAACAACAUCAAUAAUUACAAUAAUAACAAUAAUAAAUUGCGACCCGCGGGCAAUAUCGCGGCGAUUGAGCCCUACAGCCAUAUUCCGAACAAUGACAAUAAUGAGAACAAUUUUAACAUUAACAAGAACGACCCCAAGUAUCAGACGCUGCCGUACAACACUAAAUUCACCGUUAAUCUCAAGCCCAUCGAUGAUGAUGUUAAUAAAAAUAACAGCAACAAAAUUCAACAUAGUCAGAGCGCGUCGCAAAUUGGACAACGGGCAACUUUACAGCAGUUAGAGCAGCAAAUUGCACACAGUCAAUCACAGUUACACAUUCAAGGUCAAUCUCAACUAUUAGGAAUAAAUCAGCCUUCAGUACAACUCCAGCAAUUAUCACCACCGCAGCACACGACUGCUCAAACUUUUGCCACCCAACCAUCAAACUUUAUCUCGCACUCAACCACCAGCAACAAUAACAGCCCGGCAAUCAUCACAACCACCACCAAUAACAAUAACAACAUCGUGAUACCUCCCACCAGCAAUCAAAGCAUUGAAAAUCAAAACCUAGUAAGUUCUCGGCCGCUCGCCCACCAGAAGCAGGUUCCCACUUCAAUCCAAGAAAAAUCCUCAAUUCCUCAGUCGCACAAUCACCGAAACCUAGCGACCCACGCAAAGCCAGUGUCCAGCGUAGCGCCGAGUUUCCCGGUAAAGUCUCCAAUAUAUCAAACAUCCUCGACAAAGAUCCACCCGGUGAUGCCUCAGACACUAAGUUUAAUUGGUCGCGGUCACCCUGGACCGCAAAUCCAGAGCUACAACGAGCGAUCUAUCGUCCAGCCUACAAGUGUAAAUUCCAACAGCCCAAAUCCAAAUUCAAAUGCUUCAACGACCGCUGUAGAAGCGACGACGGUCACCACGACGACUUACCCGAGGCAUACCUUCACUUCGAGCAACUUUGUGAAAAAUCCCCUCAACAAUUUCCCCCAGGCGUCGCUCAGCAACUUGGGAAGCGCUAACUUUCCAGGAUUUCCCGCUCCGAUGAGCUACAACCCGACCACUACGGCAAAUCCUCCCCCCACGGCUCCAGGAACCACUUCCGAGGUGAAAUUAGAGAAAAAACUGGGCGUCAGUUCGACAACCGGUCCGGCAAAUUCUAACGAAGAGACUAGGUUCGAAAACGGGUCGAUACAGACUCAUCAGUUUGCGACCAAGGGCCACGAAGGACACGAUAAUUCAAUCAGGUCUAAAUACGAGCACUCACAGUACAAAUACGAGCCCGCUAAUUUACAGUUUAAGCAGCAGGAGCUUAACAAGUACUCGGAACCGGCUAACGCAAAGGAACAUCCCGUUCCAGUCACCAAGUUCGAGAUCAAGCACGAUCAUUCUGCGAAAUUGGAACCCCCCGCAAAGGUCCCGGAGAAGUUGUACGAGUACGAGCGGGCUAAGCCGGACAAUGAAAGGAAAACCGGGACUCUGAUUGAGAACAAAUGUGAGGACAAGAUGAAACCCGCGCUACCGCCUAAACCCAUUAAGCCUAAUCCACCCCCCAGGUUGAACAGCCAGGAUAAGCCUGAAGGUGAUACGAUAGUCUCCGAGGGAGUUAAGUCGCCCGCUGUAUUCACUAGGAGCGACAAAGAAGAAGAAAUACCGCCAAUUCCAACGAGCGAGCCUCCGCCAGAUUCUCCAAAUGAAGUUCCAGCAAUCGGGAACCACCAGAUAAUAAAAGCGCGUCCACUGACACUGAAAAAAGUAUUACUAUCAGAGCAGCCUCGCCUGCGCUAUUCAAAAUCAAAUGUCCAUGUGUCAAUAAACCGGCGCAUUGAAAUGCCGCCGGCAUUUUUGUUCCCUGAAACUGAGAUACCAGCAGAUCUUAUGCAAACGGAACAACAACAACAGCCGGUGGUAUCCAGUGACGUUAUUGAUCACACCAGCCUCAAAGCACCGGCGUUGACUGAUGACGAGGUUCCGUGUAACGAGAAGCUCGAGGACUCGGAUAUCGUUGAGGCCUUGAAUGUAAUUAAUAUCGAGGAUAAAUUGAAGAAGGAUGGGACCGGUCAGGAUCGGAAAGCCGAGACAGACAGCGCUGAUGCCAAGGCUGAGGUGAUUAGGCGCAAAAAGGGAAAUUUAAAGUCGACAACCGGGAAAGCUAAUAUGUCCAGGAGGGUUUCCUUUGAUCCCUUGGCUCUUCUGCUCGACGCCAGUCUCGAAGGCGAGCUGGAGCUCGUCAAAAAAACCGCUCAGGAAGUUCCUAAUCCCAGUUCCGCUAAUGACGAAGGCAUCACUGCGCUUCAUAAUGCCAUUUGCGCGGGACAUUUUGAUAUUGUUAAAUUCUUGGUGGAAUUCGGGUGCGAUGUCAAUGCUCAGGAUAGCGAUGGAUGGACACCGUUACACUGCGCCGCGAGCUGUAACAAUCUGGGGAUGGUAAAAUUUCUUGUUGAACACGGAGCGUGUAUUUUUGCAACAACUUGGUCUGACCACGAAACCGCUGCCGAGAAGUGCGAAGAGGACGAAGAAGGUUUCGACGGUUGUUCUGAGUAUUUGUAUAGUGUUCAGGAAAAGUUGGGCAUUAUGAACAACGGACAAGUGUACGCGGUGUUCGAAUACGAAGCGCAGCAUAACGACGAGCUAUCGCUUAAAUUUGGCGAUCAAUUGGAAAUAAUUAGAAAAGGAGAUGACAAUGAACGAGAGUGGUGGUGGAGUAGACUAGGACAUCGUGAGGGAUAUGUUCCACGCAAUUUCUUAGGGCUGUUCCCAAGAGUACUACCAAGCAAAUCCGAAUAA